UCGUGCAUGUACGCCAGCAGCGUGUCGCCUUGUUCACAGUCGAUGGUCUCGCCGGAUCUGUGCGGAAGCGCCGUCGGGUCCUACAAGGAGAACAGCAGCCUAAGGAGCAGCCCGGCGUGCAGGAGGAGACUCGACUUCAACCACAAUGCAUUCGUUGAUGUCUCCAAGCUGGGCCCCGGGACCGUGGCCAAACGCAACGAGCGGGAGAGAAACCGGGUGAAGCUCAUCAACAUGACCUUCCACACCCUCAGGCAGCACCUUCCCCUGCACGGGGGCGGAACGAAGGGAAAGUCGAGGAAGCUAAGCAAAGUGCAGACUCUGAGAUCGGCCAUCGACUACAUACGACAGCUGCAGGACCUGAUC